AUGAUCGUUCUCUAUUUUUCCGUAUUCGGCUCGUCGGCUCAUAAGCUUUCGGGAGUUUCGCAAAAGUGCUAUAGUUGUAUGUCGAGAUAUUACGGUGCAACGUGGCAAUUCGCCGGCUACUCGCGAAUUUAUCAAGAGCCCAGAGCGUUCACCGAUCAUUGCAGGGACCCGCAAGCACGUGGCGCCGAUGUUCCCUACAGCUAUUGCGAGGAAAAUGCGAAUUGUAUAACCAUGAUCGAGGAGCUCAAAAUAGGAACCGGUGCGCGGGGUUAUAUUCGCGGAUGUUGGAGUUCAGUUCUUCUAUUCGGAUUCAAUCGAUCAAGCACCGUCGGCGCACUCGCCAACCAUUCAUUCUGCCACACGUUUAAUUUGACGGAGCUUGUGAGCGGCGGAAGACCCGAAGAGUCUUCAAUCAACGUUUGCUCGUGUCGCGGACCACUUUGCAACGGCUCAACAAUCAAUAAGGCAACUUCAUUUUCAUUCGUUUCUGUGUUAUUUAUUGCAUUUUUUCAACUGUUCGCAUUAUUAUGA